AAAUAACAAAUUUUGCUCUAUUACUGCAAGUUAUGAGGAGAGAAACCCUAAUACACACAGCCUUCUCGCCUAUAUAAAGCAUGAGCUAGGCCUCGUACUCGAAGCCGCGGCGGCGUAGAAAACCUCUCAGCUUCCCGAGGUGAGUAAAAAUGGCCGUGCCGUUGCUGUCGAAGAAGAUUGUGAAAAAGAGGGUUAAGAAGUUCAAGAGGCCACAGAGUGAUCGCAAGAUCUCUGUCAAGACAAACUGGCGCAGACCGAAAGGUAUUGAUUCUAGAGUCCGUAGGAAGUUCAAAGGAUGUACUUUGAUGCCCAACAUUGGUUAUGGUUCGGACAAAAAGACUCGUCAUUAUCUUCCUAAUGGCUUCAAGAAAUUUGUUGUCCACAAUGUCAAGGAACUUGAACUGUUGAUGAUGCAUAACAGGACCUACUGUGCUGAAAUUGCACAUGAUGUGUCUACAAGAAAGAGGAAAGAGAUUGUGGAGCGAGCUGCCCAACUGGAUGUCGUUGUCACAAACAAGCUGGCUAGGUUGCGGAGCCAGGAGGAUGAAUAAACUGAACUUAAAAACUUUUGAUCUGUGUUAUGAGUGAGAAUAUCUAGUUUUGCUCAUCAGUUUUUGAUAGUUUAUCUUUAUUUGCAAUCAAUAUUACUUGGUGAUUGAUAUUCGGAUGAUGAAUUUAGUUAUUCUUGAAGUA